AUGUGGACCAUUCGACAAUUCCCACAGCUCGUCGCGGAUUAUGGGUCGCUCUUAUCCUUAAUUGCGGAGCGCCCCAAUGAAGGUCUCGUGAUGCUCACUACUGCGGAGAGUGGAGUUAGAGCAGAGCCUCGCGAGAGCAAUAGUGAUCUGAUCAAAGACCAGCUCUACAAUAAGGAGAUGAUUAGCGCAAGGAGUGAAGGAGAUCAACAUAAUCCUCACAACACCGCCCUGGCUUGGCAAUCCGCCGUCCUUGGCAAAUCGUCCUGGCUAGACCUUGAGUAUGGAAAAAUGAGGGAUUGCAGGUUAAAUAUUGGCGGGCCAUAUUUGCCAAGCUCGAUCUACAGCGGGAUAUGGCAUGUCAUUGUUAGGAAGCAAGGCUGGCUCCCGGGAGAUACGGGCGCCCCGGACUUUCCAAAACGAAGUACUGAUAACGUCAUCUAG